AUGGACUUAUCCUCGCCGGUUGUCAGGAGUGAAGACAUCUAUAGAACCUAUUGGCUCUAUUGGCGUCUGCUGGGUGUGGGGGGCGAGCACUUGAUUCUGCAAGUACUCGAUAUACUAAUCACCAUCUUUGUGACCUUCUGGUAUCCGAUUCAUCUGAUUGUGGGACUGUUCUACGAGACAACAUUGGGAGAUGUGUGCAAAGGUUUGCCCAUCACAGCGGCCUGCUUUUUCGCCAGCUUCAAGUUUGUCUGCUUUCGCUGGAAACUGGAGGAGAUCAGGAGCAUCGAGGGACUGCUCCUGGAGUUGGAUCAGAGGGCUCUGACCGAGGAGGAGCGGGCGUUCUUUGACCGAAACACCCAGCGUGAGGCGAAUUUUGUGUGGAAGAGUUUCAUUGUCGCCUACGGCCUGUCGAAUGCGGCGGCCAUAGCCACUGUUCUUUUCGGCAAAGGACACAAGCUGCUGUAUCCUGCCUGGUUUCCCUAUAAUGUUCAGGCAUCCGAACAGAUCUACUGGCUCAGUGUGUCCUACCAAAUUGCUGGCGUCAGUCUACAAAUUCUGCAGAACCUAGCCAACGAUUCGUAUCCCCCCAUGACAUUCUGUGUGAUUGCAGGGCAUGUGAGGCUGCUAUCCAUGCGAUUGAAUCGGAUGGGUUACAAAAGGGAAUUACCCAAGGAGACAGUCGUCAGAGAGCUGGUGGACAACAUCGAGGAUCACAGAAAGCUAAUGAAAAUCGUGCAACUGCUGCGCAGCACCAUGCACCUCUCGCAGCUCGGACAAUUCAUCUCGAGUGGCAUCAACAUUUCCAUGACGCUCGUCAACAUUCUGUUCUUUGCGGACAACAAUUUCGCGAUGACCUACUACGGCGUGUACUUUGUGGCGAUGCUGCUGGAGCUCUUCCCCUGCUGCUACUAUGGGACCCUGAUAUCCGUGGAGCUCAAUCGACUGACGGACUCCAUCUUCUCCAGCAACUGGGUGGGAAUGGACCGCGGGUACUGUCGCACUCUGCUGAUAUUCAUGCAACUCACGCUGGCGAAGGUGGAGAUCAGGGCGGGCGGCAUGAUUGGCAUUAGUUUGAAUGCGUUCUUUGCCACCAUUCGAAUGGCCUACUCCUUCUUCACGCUGGCCAUGUCGCUGCGAAAAUAA